CAAAGCUCCCAGAAAGGAAAAAAAGAAGAAAGAAACAAUGGAGGCCGCAGCAGUGAAGAAGCUCUUUGUUGUGACAGUUCUGCUGCUGGUUGCCAUUUCAGGCAGCAAUGGCCAAACCAUAUGCAAGGUGUCAGUUUCAGGGCUAAUGGCAUGCAAGCCAGCGGUGACUCCUCCAAAUCCGGCGCAGCCGUCGGCCAGCUGCUGCUCUGCGCUCUCGAAUGCAGACCUUCGGUGCCUUUGCUCCUACAGGAACUCCAACCUCUUGCCUUCCCUUGGAAUUGACCCAAACCUUGCCAUGCAGCUCCCUGAAAAGUGCAAGCUUCCUCAUGCUGCCCAUUGCUGAUCGAUUCACAAGCAAAUCUGCUACCACCAAAAUUAAGUUAACCUUUUAAUAAAAUGCUAUAUAUAUUUCUAAUGCUUUUCCAGAGCAUUUGAAGUAAUUAGCUCCUUUAAUUUGUCUCUUUUCAAUAGUAUUGUUGCAUGUUCAUCAGCUUUGUGAGUGCGUAUCUAUCUGUAAUAUAAGGAGUGUACGUAAAAUGCAAAUGUAAUAAUAUUACAGUGUGUGUAUUGAGUUUA